AUGGGGUUCCGUGUCUCGAGCUUGUUUGCUCGCCAAAAAGAGUCUAGGAACGCACCAACACCUGACCAAUUUCUUAUCAACUCUCGCCAAAAAGUUUUCCGGCUAAUAAUUGUCAUGGAGAAAGUCAAGCCUCCGCCGACUUAUGAAGAAGUUGUCGGGCCUUCGAAAAGCCAGAAGAAUGGCAAGAAGCCGUUGCUUUUCGAGGACAAAUGGAGCAAGUUCAGCGAGGAUUUCCUCACCAUCAAGUGCUUCUACUUCCCUACUGGACAAUCAAAGGUUAGGGGUUUUUCAAAGAUUUAUUUCGAAGAUUGAGAUUUCAGCGCGUGAAGAUUUGCGCUAUUAAGGGAGUCUACUACCAGGAGCAAAAGUUCGUGGUCGACUUCAAGUGCAAAGGAUGGGGAAUGUCGCUGAGUCCCUGUUGGUGGGCUUGCGACAUGGCAAGGUUGAAUUUCGGAACUCGAAAGGAUUGUAUUUUGAUAUUAAGGAAUUUGCACAGCGACAAAUUCUUCAACGUGGUGAUCGACAACGGCGAAUCCACCUACAAAGGCUUCACCACCACGGACGUCGGCAAGUUCUUGUCUGUCAUCAGACCUCAUCUGCCGCGUGACGCCGUCAUCAGCAACCAAUUCCCUUUCUGAGUAAUUUUCCUUUUCUUUCCCGGAAAACAGUUUCAAAGAAGUCGAUACCAUCAAAGAAGAUUGAACUACGAAAAAACUUUGAUUCAAUUGAAUGUUACCAGGUUUCGUGCAAUUGUAAACUUUUGUGUAGAAAUAAAAUUCUUCAGGAAAUGACCCUUCUUGUCUCGUGUCUAUACUCAAGUUUUUUACCUCCAAGUAUAUUUUUGAAGGUAAGAAAAACGUCAAAUUUGAGGUCAGAAACUUCGGAACAAAGUUCUUGGUGUGUUCGGCGUCAGAAAUCUGUCAGAAAAAGCCAAUCCUGAGGGAAAACAAACUUUUCUGCUUGUUUACUGUCAAAGUUACCGAAACUCGGCGGCACUUAUGUUUUUUCAAAUUUUUGCAGGUGACGAAUGUUUGCCAAAGAAACGACCACAACAGUCACGUUGA